GCCCGGGCCGCCGGCCGCGCGAUGCUGCUGCUGGCCGCCGCGUCGCUCGUGGCCUUCGUGCUGCUGCUCUACAUGGUGUCCCCGCUCAUCAGCCCCAAGCCCCUCGCCCUGUCCGGGGCGCACGUAGUGGUUACAGGAGGCUCUAGUGGCAUCGGGAAGUGCGUUGCUAUCGAGUGCUACAAACAAGGAGCCUUUAUAACCCUGGUUGCACGGAAUGAGGACAAGCUGUUGCAGGCAAAGAAAGAAAUCGAAAAACACUCUAUUAAUGAUAAACAGGUGGUGCUUUGUAUAUCAGUUGAUGUUUCUCAAGACUAUAGCCAAGUAGAGAACGUCAUAAAACAAGCACAGGAGAAGUUGGGCCCGGUGGACAUGCUUGUGAACUGUGCAGGAACGUCACUUGCAGGAAAAUUUGAAGAUCUUGAAGUUAGUACUUUUGAAAGGCUGAUGAGCGUCAACUACCUGGGCAGCGUGUACCCCAGCCGGGCGGUGAUCACCACCAUGAAGGAGCGCCGCGUGGGCAGGGUCGUCUUCGUGUCCUCCCAGGCUGGGCAGCUGGGCCUCUUUGGUUACACAGCGUACUCUUCAUCUAAGUUUGCCAUCAGGGGACUGGCAGAGGCUUUGCAGAUGGAGGUGAAGCCUUACAAUGUAUACGUCACAGUUGCCUACCCACCAGACACAGACACCCCUGGGUUUGCAAAAGAAAACCAGACCAAGCCUUUAGAGACACGUCUUAUUUCAGAGACCACAUCGGUCUGCAAACCAGAACAAGUGGCCAAACAAAUUGUUAAAGACGCCGUACAAGGAAAUUUCAACAGUUCCAUCGGCUCCGACGGGUACAUGCUCUCAUCACUGACCUGUGGAAUGGCUCCAGUAACGUCCAUCACGGAAGGGCUCCAGCAGGUGGUCACCAUGGGCCUCUUCCGCACGAUCGCGCUGUUCUACCUGGGAAGUUUCGACAGUAUCGUGCGUCGCUGCAUGACGCAGAAGGCGAAAUUGGAAACUGUAGACAAAACUGCCUAAUUCUUACCCCUUGGAAAAAGACUGAAUAAUUUACCAGCUUGCUGCUAAGUGGGACACAGUUUUGGGCUUGCAGACACUUAUGUCUUGCUUUCUAAUCUGUGAGAUUGGACCAGUGAUCUUCAGAAACCUGGCUGCAAGCAAGGGGAUUGCUGUUCAACUCCAGACUAUUAUUAAUACUAUGCAAAUACGGAGGAGACCGCUUGAUUCUCCGAGGUGGAGAGGUGAUGGUAAGGGAACUCACAGCAUGUGAGCAGGAUUCCAGAAAGAUCACUGAAAUGUUUCUUCUCUUCUACUUUUUCCCACUAGAAAUCAUGUCCAAAUGGGUUUCUGGGACCCUGUCUUUUUUUCUUGUUCUCUUUUUUAACUUGGUGUGUUUAUUACAGAUGCAUUUCACACAUUGCCGUGGGGUCUGAAUGCAUGAUAAUGUCCCUGACUCACUCUGAUGCUGGUGGCCGCUUGUGGUUUCUUUCUCUUUGAUCCCAGAAAACUACGUGGGGGAUGGGAGAGGACCAUACAGAGGAACGAAGGAGAUAAAUGUUUUCCAGUAGGGAAAAACGAUGAUUUUUUUGUCUUUUUCAGGCUCGAAUGCUUAGGGCACGUCUCAUUUUUCAUUCAUGGAGAAAGGCAGCCUCCUAAAAUAUUUUCUGAGGAGAGAGGUAAAACCUUAGAAGCUUAAAGUUUACAAUUUCUUCGAUAGCCAUAAUGGCCCAAAGCUCACCCAUUCCGCUGUAGUUCCUUAUUCUUCCCAUGCCUGCCUUUCCACUUUUGCUUAGACUGCUAUAAUAUUUUUAUAAAAAAAGAAAAGAGAGAGACCAGUCUUUUUCCCCCUUGACUUUUAAAAUGAAUUAAUGAGUUUAUUAAAGCAAAUGAAAAAGUUAGAAAGUGUGACGUUUGUCUCUUUGUAGCGUAUAUGUAGCUUUUAAGAAAGACUGAACGGGGACUUCGCCAGUGGCCUAGCGGUUAAGACUCCCCUUCCAAUGCAGGGGCAUAGGUUCGAUCCCUGGUCGGGGAACUAAGAUCCCACAUGCCAUGUAGCACAGCAAAAAAAAAAAACAACAAAAACACGCUGACAGCAUGUUUCAGCUUGGGGUUUUUCCUGAGACGGUCGUGUGGGUUCUCCCCCUCUGCCGUGUCCGUGUGGUGCCUUACACUGAUACAUGCUUGUGUCGAACUUUCCUUGCUCGGCAGAGGUAGGCUCCAUCUGGCCAAGGUGUGUAAUCGUUUUAAUAUGCAGCUGAAGCAACACUUCCACGGACCCACCUCCUUAUAAGUUAGAAAAUGCCCCCCCUCCGUUUUCUGCCAGUGUUUGGGGGGGCUCCUGCAGAGGUGCUGGUCGGCGCCCUCGAGGCGCACACUGGCAGCAGCCUCAGCUUACUCCUUAAGAAAAAACCAUAGGACGACAGGGCUGCCCGGUGCUGAAGACGCUUCUUUGUGAAAUGAAAUGAUCGCCCUGGUCUUUCCAUGACUCCACUGACCUU